GUGUGUUUCCCCCCCUCUUUCUUCUACUCCCUCUCCCUCUCUGAAUUGUUUUGUCCUCUAAUUUGUCCCUCCCUCUCACUCAGUCUACCUCCAAUAUUGCACUUUGCUCAAUAGAUUUCUGCUUUGUCCAAUUUGCAGUUACUGGAAUGAACCAAAAGCACAACAAAGGCACCAACAACAACUGCAGUAAAAGUCUUCUCUGUGAUCAAAAGGAAAAGCUUAUCCAGGCUAUAAAAAGAAUCAAGCGCGAGGUUGAUGAAUGCAGGGACGCAGAGAGGGUGACAUACAUAGAGGCAUCGGGAGUAGAGAACUGUUUUGAUGUCCUCGAACGAGAAAUCAGAUCCGAGUUUCAGAACCUCCAUCGUUUCCUGGACGAGGAGGAAUGCAUGGAUCUGGAGCGUCUUCAGAGGGAGAGACAGAAACAAGUGAAGCAGCUGAAGGAGAGGGAGAAGAAAAUAGCAGCGCAAGCGAGAGACCUGGAGACAGCGAUCUCUGUGCUCAACAAAAAACUGACCGAGGAGGACCAUCCGAAACUGCUCAAAGAAAUUCAAGAUCUCAUAAAAAGGUCUCAGGUCAGCUUCAUUCCUCCAGCGGAGGUGGACACUGAGGUGCGCUUCGGCCAGUUUGUGGGGCCCAUACAGUACCGGAUAUGGAAGCACAUGAAAAGCUGCCUCUACCCAAAUAUCACAUCAAUGACCUUUGACCCGGACACAGCCCACCCUAAUCUGUCCCUGUCCAAGUCGUGCACCUCAGUGUGGUUUGAGGAGGAUAAAGACACCAAGGAUUGCCAGCCUAACCCACAGCGGUUCCACUAUUACUUCUCUGUGUUCGGCCACCAGAGCUUCACCACGGGACGGCACUACUGGGAGGUGGAGGUGGGACGUAAGACAGCGUGGAGGUUGGGCGUGGCGCGAGCUGACAUCUCUCGAGGGGAGAUGGAUGCUACAGGAACCUCCAGCGGCAUCUGGACCCUGGCCAUGAAGGGCGGAGCUGUCGUCGCCUGCACCGACCCCGAGCCCACCAAGGUCAACGUGUCCCUCCGCCUCGUCCGCAUUGGUUUGUUCUUAGACUGUGAAAAGGAGGAGGUGUCUUUCUAUAACGCUGUUACCAUGGCGCCAAUUUACACCUUCUCCAUGGGGAACGUCGAUGUUGCCCUGUUCCCCUUCUUCAACCCGUGUGACGCAGAUGAGGGGAGGAACCUGGCGGCCAUUAAGAUAUUCAACCCUUCCUUAUGAUCAGAGACACAAAUGGUUUUGGUGUGUCUCACACAUUUUUCAUUUAAUGUUAGUAAAACUAUAUAUCUUUGGAGACAAGAUAACUCAGUGGCAAAUAUUUAUAAAGUAUUAACUAAUGGUUAGUAGGAAUCAUAUUUCAGACCAUAAUGCCAAACAAUUUCAUCUUAUAGGAAAACAUUUUCUUUUUUUUGUGACUUUUUUCAGUAAUUUUAACAACAAACUGAAUAAUUGAUUGAGAAAAAAGAUGAAUUCAACCUUAAUUCUGUCACAUUUUUCACUUAUUUUCUGACAUUUUACUGACAAAAGGAAACACUGAUUGAGAAAAUAACAAUCUAGUAUUUAUCUCUAUGAUAUCUAAUUGUACACUGUGAAAACCACUUACUUAAAAACUGUUCCAAAUAGAAACUGUUUCUUUUACAGUGAAUUUACAGCGAAACAUUGUGCUUCAAAUGAAGGUUGUCAUCUGCUGCUGGCCUUUACCUCCCGGGUCCAUAGCAAGUGUGAACAGCAUUAUGAUGUCACCUCUGGCCUGGUUAUAAAUAUCUCUGUGGUGCCUGCUUAGCUAUGAUGUGUGCUGGCGGGGGUAUUGAAGCUGGUAUAAGUGGCACGUGGGGCCUGAAGGGUGAGAAAGUGGCGCGUGACACUCCGAUGGCUUGACAUUGAGUGAGACGACUCCUUGACAGGGUGAGAGCCGGGAAACAAAGACAAGAGGACAGCGGAGAUGUCAUAAUCGCUUGUUUAUUCUUAGUAUUCCUUUAGACAUGAAAUAAAGAAACAAAAAAUAUUUUCUUUACAAAACAUCUGUGUGUGAAGUGUUGUGCAAAAAGGGAGUACAGAGAGAUGUCACACCACACAUACACACGCACGCACACACACACCAAGGCCAGAACAGCAGAAGUAAACAGAGAAGAUCAGGGCAGAGACGACUCACAUGUGCAAGGAGUGCAGAAGUGGUAGUAAAGCUAGUGGUUUCUUCUAUUAGUGGUGGUGAGUAAAACACCAGGAUCUCUAACCACCCACCAGCCUGAGCCUUCUUUGAUAUGCUGGUUAACUAAAGGCUUGGGCUCUUACAUCCCUAAACCCUCUGACUGGAGUGGCUUGGCAUUACAAUCACUGACAAUAUACUGUACAGUAGCGGUGGUGCACGGAAAUGCUUUUACAUAAGUCUCUCGUCGAAUGCUUACCACAACCAAACCCCAUUGGUCACCCACAAACAGCUUUCUCAUUCCUCUGAUCACUCACAAACUCCUCUCUGAGCCACAGACUUGAAUAAUGAUAUUGAAAACACCACUCACUUACAAAAGGAGCGCGAUCAGCAUUCAAUAUGCUACUUAUGCUAACCUGGAAAACCAUAGCCACUUUCAUUUAUGCAUUAUACCUCCAAAUCAUAUCACAGGCCGGUAACUUUGUUCAGUCGGGUGUGCAAACCUACGUCUCAAGAGAAAGGUGCCAUUAGGAGUGUCGGCAAAUGACAAGAGGCACUAAACAAAGACAAGAGUCACUCAAACAUCUCAAAGUUACAAUAUCUUUUACAAUAUUCUGUGGCUUUACACACAUUCACACUGAAACACAGCACUGGUUUUCUUCACGUUGCGGGACGACUUAAGCAGGCACAUGAAUACCUCACUCGACGACACACGGAGAAGCUCAAAUAAAGUACAGUCGGGUCAUUCUGUACACACUGGCUAUGCAUAGAUCCAAAAAUCACUCAUUCACACAUGUGCAUACGUAAACACACCGAAAUCCCAAACACACGAUGAUGGCAACAUUGAAACGUCACUCCUGUGGAGACACACACACACAAUUUAGGACGAUAAAAGCCUGUUUUUCAUGUCGUGGGCAUGCUGCAGCUGUAAGUGACGUAGGUUAAACAUUUUAAUACAACAUGUAAAUACUGUGAAGGAUGCUGCGAGUAUUGUCAGGUUGGCAAUAACAGCAGAUCUAAAAAGAUCGAAUAUACUCUCGAUGGAUUUUUACAAUAUUUGGUUCUUAAAUUAGUUCAAGAUGUUAGUGAAUAUUAGUGUGUAUAGCAUAUAGUUCUGUGAGCGUAUAUAUUUUAUAUUCUGGAUUUAAGUUGAGUGAGAAAUGUUAAAUUCUUCUUUAUUAUUCAGUAUAAUACAACAACCAUUUUAUACACUAGAGACAUUCAGCCUGUAGGGGGUUAAACCGGCAUACACAUGCAAUAUUUACAAGGCUGGAAUGUGUGUGUGUGUGUGUGUGUGUGUGUGUGUGUGUGUGUGUGUUUGUAUGUGUGUGUGUGUGUGUGUGUAAAGACAAUUGAUAGUAUUGCCAGUAUAGGUGUGUGUGUUUCUUUUACAGAUCCAGGCUAGAACUGAGGCAUAUCCAGCGUUUGUGUAAAACUUAUUUUAGUAAAUUGAACAUCGAGGCCUCUUGAUUUUGAUCAUAUUUGUUGAUCUUAGUAUCAAAUCUGACAUCUAACCCUACCUCUUCAAAAGGUUCUUUAAAAUGCUGACGUUACGCCUGAUAUUAAUUGAACUGUAAGAAAAAACUGUAAUCCAGGAGAGCUACCAAGAAAUGUUCCCAAAUUUCACUAAUUGAUUUUCAUGGCUGUCAUUUUGUGCUUAAUUAAAAAACUUUUUGUCCUGGAAAAA